AUAAAUGUAGAGUCAGUUGGUGCACAUAGUCGUAUAGAGCUCACAUGAGAAUAGCUUUCAUCCCAGUGCCUAUGUUUUUAACGCAAAUUGUCUUUCAAUGUACGUCUGUGAGCUUCUUAAUUUAUAAAUUAUUCCUUUCAACCGUAGAGAGAUUACUUCUCACUUUGUGUGACUGCUAAUAAUGAAGUUGUCUUCGUAUAUGUUGGCCUGUGUACUCGUGGUGCUACUGGGCUUAUGGCUUCCUAUGCUAACACAUGCACAUUACUGGGAAAGUCCCGGAUGUCAUCUUGUCGGUUACACAAAGAAGGUUCGGAUACCCGGUUGUAGGGAAACUAAAGUUCAAAUGAAUGCAUGCCGCGGUUUCUGCCAGUCUUAUUCAUAUCCAUCAAACCUGGCUACACUUGAAAACAGCGACUAUACACAAAUCUUUACAACACAUGGCUCAUGUUGUUCCAUUGCCACAACACACGAUGUUAAUAUCCGGUUACAGUGCUUGGAUAAUUAUGAAUAUGUAGAUACCUUUAAAUCAGCGGCGUCCUGUGAGUGUUCCCUUUGUGUAAUAGGCGACUGACGUCACUGAUUAUGUAACCCCCUCCUCUCUGUAGACGCCAUAUGCUUUAUCAAUACGACUUCUGUUGAUAUCCAAGUAGAUUUUUUUUUAUUUCCCCCAUUUUAUUAUCAUUAUUUUUCCCAUUUGGUUUGAUGCAAAGGAAAUAAAUCAUAUAUUGUUUACUUUAUUCGGCUUAUAUGCCUACCUUUAUAUCAAAAUGUACUAUAGUCCGCUCUCGGAAGCCAUGUUUUAUUAUGUCAAUCAUUCUGAAUUAGAUGUAAUAUCUUAUUCAAAAAGUCUAACGUGGACCUAAAACUAUUGUACUUCAAACAACAUGAAGAGAUUCUUGGAUUGUUACAUUAAGGUUUUUGAUUAUUUGAUUAAAUAAUACUUCCGUUCUGUAAUUUUAUUCAGAUUUGAUUGCAGCCCAGCGAUAUUUGUAAUUUUGUUCUAAUCUAUUCUAUCUAAAUAUAACAUAUUCUGUAGAAGUAUAAAAUAUGAGAGAAUUCUGAUCAAAACACGUAUCAUCUGAUGCAUAUAUUGCAUUUUUUUCUAAUCUCUUAAAGAUUGAUAAAGAUAACGUAAAAUCAUAGACACUUCCUGCAUUCACUUAAAGGAUUUUUAUAUAUCUAUUUCAUAUCAUCUGACGCAACAAGAAAUUCUUCAUUACGUUAUCAUUCCCUGAGCGCAAUGAAAUUCCAUUAACUUAAAUAAUUCAUAGUGAUUAUCGAAUAUUUUCUAGCUGAAUUUCAUUGUGCUCAUCACUGUAUGAGUUUCAGGGCUAUCACCUCUUCCUUAACGUAUCAUACAUUUUCGUUCAGUUUCAUUCCUAAUCAUUUUAGAAAUACAUGUAGUAAUCUUAAGUGAUCAUUUAUUUCAAAGAUCACUUCAAUUUUUUUUUUGCUUUAUAGGUACAUUUUCUCUCCUAAACAAAACUGAAAAAGUACUAUUAUAGCUUUCUAGUAUACACAAAACGUAAACAUGUUGUGUUAAAUGUAGAUAGUAUUUAUGAAUCUGUAUUUAUUGCAACGUUGAUGUAUAGUUAUGUUCCAUUUUAAAUUAAAUACAUGAACAUGUCGAAUAAAAUAAUUUUAGUUGUGAACUUAAUUUUAUUCUUGUCUUGCGAAAUUGCGUUGAUGAAAAUAAAUGUUACUUCGUGAUUAUGUUGAAGAAAAUACGGAUACAUGAAAUUUGUCAUGAUAUAAUGUACCCGGAUCUCGUUCAAUUAUUAAGGUGCAGCUGUUUGUAGCCCUUCGGUUUCUUAAAGGUUGCCACAGCUAAUGGAAAGUGUCAUACAUUUACUUUCAUACGAGUCAAAUAUUACCGCUUAAAUACAGGAUUCAUUGAAAUUUACAGAAUUUAUACAUUAAUUCAUUGCUGACAACUUUCAUGAACAAAGAACCUUUUGAAGAUGUUUUAUUUCUCAUAAUUUACAAGGGAAUCGCUUGUUACAGUUGUUUAUACAAGUAUAUACACAAAAUAUGGUGAAGAUUACUGUUGGUCAGGGGAAGGGAUUUGUUAUCUUAAUAUAGAAUAUUCGUAUUAUGUAGAAACGCUUUCAAAGAAAUUAAGCAAUUGAGUACCGAUUCAUGCAACUCUUGAAACUUUAGUACAGUGAUAACCUGGAGGCAACGAGCAAAUAAUAUUUUUGGGGUUUCUAAAGGCGUCUACAUUGGUAAAAUAAGAAAAAAAGUGUCUCUUUUAUUAUGUAAUAGCAGGUAUAUGAGAUUGGAUAAGACAAAAUAAAUAAAAAUAAAACCCUUUUACAGUUCAAAGAGUUUGUAUUUUUCUUUCGAUUUGAAGUCAUUUUGGGCGAAAAUAAAAGCUCACUCAAAUGCAGAAAACUAUCCACGUGACACCGUUCCACAAUUCCAUAUUUCAUCACUUAUAUGGGAUAAAUUCUUGAUAGAUUAUUUGAAGUGACAGUAUGUUGUUCCUUUUAUUUGUCAAACAUAUCAACAAGGUUACCAGACAAUAGCCAUGAUGGUGGCAGACGAUAUAUGAUAAAGGCGUUCUUAUUUUGGCGGCAAUCUGUCCGUCUCGUCUGCGCUUCAAACAUGGUCAAGGACAGUAUGGUUCGUGUUUUUGGAAAUGAUGGAGACUUCAGGGGCAAUUUCAAUGAACUGUCUGUUAAUUGACGGCCAAAUGACCAUUAUCAAUUAAAACGAGUAUAAUCAAAAUCAGAUACUGUUUUUCUCCUUUAAUAUGGAUGACAAUAUGAAUCACCACGACUAGUUCAGCCAUGGUUCAGCAAUCAAAAAUGAAUUAUUGUAGUCCAAAGUGACAAAGCUCAAAUGUUAAACCUACAGGGCAGGGCGAUAUGUGAAUACAUUUGUUCUAAACUGUUGGGAUGAAGAUUCUACAUCUUAACUACAUCACUACAAUAACUCUGUAACAAACUUCAACACAGUAAUUUCAUAUCAUUGCAAGCAACCUGUCAAUACAUGUUUAUGACUUUUCAGGAUUUAUUUUUUUCAUUGCCUUUUCUUCAGUUGAAAUUUACUUUAUUUACGGAUACUGGCAAUGAUGGAUAUUGAAUAUACUGCCAUUACAACCUUUCUCUCACAAAAAUUGUAUUAUGAAAUGUACAAAUAAUUUGAAAUAAAUUAUAUAAAUUAUUGUCUCUCGUA